AUGCCAGCAGGACAAAUUGACCAUCUUCUCAACCUGUGGGCAACAACACUUUUAAAAUCCAGUGGCAGCCCACCCUUUGCAGAUCACAAAGACCUCUAUGCAACAAUUGAUUCAAUUGCACUAGGCAAUGAUAUCAUUGCUGGAGACCUAGAAACAAUUGGCUCCACCUUUGUGCCCAUUAUCCUCAGAAGUGACAAGACGAUGGUUUCUGUUGCGAUGGGGAACAAUGAGUACUACCCACUUUAUUCAAUUGGAAAUGUUCAUAACAAUGUUCACUGUGCACAUCAAGAUGCACUUGUGGUAAUUGGCUUCCUUGCAAUGCCCAAAACUACAAAGAAACACACAGAUGACCCAAAGUUUCACAAAUUCCAUUGCCAAUUAUUCCAUUCAUCGCUGUCUAGGAUACUUGCAUCACUUCGGCCUGGGAUGUCAAAACCUGAAAUUGUGAAGUUUGGAGAUGGUCAUUUUUGGCACAUAAUUCAUGGACUGAGGCCAUACAUUACCGAUUAUGAGGAGCAAGUUCUCCUUGCAUGCAUAGUCCACUUCUGGUGUCCAAGAUGCAGCUCUCAUUGUCAUAAUCUCAAUGCUACCUCAGUCCUUCAGUGCCACGAAUACCAUGAAGCCUUGUUUGAAGUGGGUACUUAUGGAGAACUGUGGACAGAGUUUGGAAUAGUCGCUGAUUUAAUUCCUUUCACAAAUGACUUCCCACACACUGACAUUCAUGAAACAAUGACCCCAGACAUCCUACAUCAAGUUAUCAAAGGCACAUUUAAGGACCAUCUUGUGGAUUGGGUGGAGAAAUACCUUGUGCUUACUCAAGGGAGGACUGAAGUGGACUGUAUCUUAGAUGAUAUUGAUCACAGGAUUGCAGCCAUUGCCUCAUUUUCUGGUCUGUGCCACUUUCUGCAAGGAUGUGGCUUCAAGCAAUGGAUGGGGGAUGACUCCAAAGCCCUCAUGAAGGUUUACAUUCUUGCAAUCGAGGGGCACAUACUGACAGAUGUUGUUUGCACAUUCCAUGCAUUGCUAGAGUUCUGCUACCUUGUACAUCGAAACACCAUCACAGAGUGCACCCUGGAUGAAAUUCAAGAUGCCGUCUCUUGUUUCCAUCAAUAUCAUGAGGGUUUCAAGACUUCUGGUGUCAUUCCAACGUUUUCACUGCCACAACAACACUCUCUUAUGCACUAUGCACAUGUUAUCCGGCUCUUUGGCACCCCCAAUGGACUUUGCUCAUCAAUCACUGGGAGCAAACACAUCAAGGCUGUGAAGGAACCAUGGAGGUGGUCAAGUAAAUACAAAGCACUUGGUCAGAUGCUGGUCACAAACCAGCAUCUUAGUAAACUCGCUGCUGUGUGUGUUGAUUUUGAAAGCCAUGGAAUUUUGAAGGGUACCUGCCUUUCAGCUGAACUUGAGGCUCUCAUGUCAUUUGUAGCUAUAUUUAUGGACUACAAGUUUAAUGCAGCAUCAUGCACAGAAACAAAGCAUGGCUGCAAUGUAUUGGCUCUUGCUGACGAAUUGCACCUUCCAUCUCUCCCUGCCUUAAUCCGCCGCUUUCUUUAUGAGCAAACAUGCCCAGACAACACACUCAACAUGUAUGACAUCCCUCUUGCUGCCUGCCCCAGGUAUGAAGGAAAGAUAUCAGUCUUCAACUCCAUGUGCUCAAGAUUCUACAUACCAAGUGACCUUUCUGGGAUCAGUGGCAUGGUUUGGGCAUUUUUUUCAUUCAAUUAUGCAGGAACAGUGUACCCAUGCACCAUUGUGCACUGGUUUGAUGUCAUUGGGGGCUUGCCUGACCUAGAGAUGGGAAUGUGGGUGGUUUGCCCAGCCUACUAUGCCAACUGUGCGCCUACACACACUAUCAUACAUGCGGACACCAUCUACUAUGCCGCUCACCUCAUCCCUAUCUAUGGCAACCAAUUCCUUCCUCUUGACAUCAUGUUGCACAUGUCCUAUGAUGCUUUUUGA